CAUGAGUGCCCUGGACCUCACCUCCAUCCUGGAUUUCCUGGAGGCUGCCAACCUGUCGGAGAUCAGCUGGAGCUGCAACAGCAGCGACUGCAUCACGGUGGACGCCACCACCUGCCCGGCCACCCUCCACAAGGGUGCCCUGCUCUAUACCCUCUCCUUCUUCUACAUCUUCAUCUUUGUCACCGGCUUGGUGGCCAACUCGGUGGUGGUGUGGGCCAACCUGCAGGCCAAGAUGACAGGCUACGAAACCCACCUCUACAUCUUCAACUUGGCCAUCGCCGACCUGUGCGUGGUCAUCACCCUGCCCGUCUGGGUCGCCUCCCUGGUCCAGCACAACCAGUGGCUCCUGGGGGAGGUCACCUGCAAGGUCACUCACCUGGUGUUCUCCAUCAACUUGUACAGCAGCAUCUUCUUCCUGGCCUGCAUGAGCGUGGACCGUUACCUCUCUGUGGCCCAUCCCAGCAGCUCCAGUGAGCCCAAGAAGAAGAGCACCCGCCGCUGCGUCUGCCUCCUGGUGUGGCUCCUGGCCUUCCUGGCCUCCCUCCCAGACACCUGCUACCUCAAGACAGUCUCUGCCAACAACGAGACCUUCUGCCGCCCCGUCUACCCCGAGGAGAGCUUCAAGGAGUGGCUGGUGGGCAUGGAGCUCAUCUCCGUGGUGCUGGGCUUCCUCAUCCCCUUCCCCAUCAUCGCUGUCUCCUACUCCCUCCUGGCCAGGACCAUCUCCAGCUCCAGCGACCAGGAGAGGAGGAGCAACGGGAAGAUCAUCUCCUCCUACGUGGGGGUCUUCCUGCUCUGCUGGCUGCCCUACCACCUGGCUGUCCUCCUGGACAUCUUCUACAGCCUGCACUUCAUCCCCUUCAGCUGCCAGAUGGAGAACUUCCUCUACGCCGCCCUCCACACCACCCAGUGCUUCUCCCUGCUCCACUGCUGCCUCAACCCCGUCCUCUACAGCCUCAUCCACCGCAGCUACCGCUACGAGCUGAUGAAGGCCUUCAUCUUCAGGUACUCAGCCAAAACCGGCCUCACCAAGCUCAUCGACACCUCCAGGGGCUCGGAGGCAGAGUACUCAGCCCUGGAGCAGAGCACCAAGUGA